AUGCAUCCUGCUAGUUUAUUUGCCCUCCUGGGCUUCGUUACCAGUGGCCUAUCUCAAAUCGUCGACGGAACUUGGAAGACACUUGCUGAGAUUCCAUACAAUGUGCGCCAGGAGCACUUCGUGGUUGCCUUGGAUAACGAGACACUCUACAUUAUGGGCGGUAUCAUCCCCACCGACCCGGCGGCCCCCAACAUUACCACUACCAUCAACAUUGUACAAUCUUACAGUAUUUCUGAGGACACUUGGUCCAACAAGAGCAGUGUUCCGAUGGCCCUGAACCAUCUUAAUGUCGCCGUGGUCAAUGGCAAGAUGUACUCUCUCGGUGGUCUCCAUGUGUUGCCGGACGCCUGGCAUGGAAUUGGCAACAUGUUUGUCUACGACCCAGAAACAGAUGUUUGGACCAACCUCACUACAACACUGCCUGACAACACGUACAGAGGUGCCUCGGUAACAGCUGUAAAGGAUGAUGUGAUCUGGAUGGCCGGCGGUGUCAGGCUCCUUGUUCCAGGAGUGGGCGGUUACCAUGUGUCGACUUACAAUGUGACGGCCUACAACGUCACUUCUGGGGAAUUUUUAGACCUCCCAGAAGCUGCUGCCAGUUUGCCUGAGGCUCGCGACCACGGCGUCGGUGGUAUCGUUGGGAAUAAAUUGUUUUAUGCAGGUGGCCGCAUCAAUGGUCAGCCUAACAUGCGGAACACCACCUUUUAUUUGGACCUCGACAACCUUGAGGCUGGCUGGGUUACUACAGACUCCCAUAUGCCCACUGCCCGUGCCGGAUCGUUCUUCGCCAUUCAGGACGACCUGCUUUGGACUUUCGGAGGCGAAGUCAAUUACAACAGCAGUAACGGAUUGGGUGUCUGGGACGAGGUCGAGGUUCUUAACACGACUUCUCUUGAGUGGACUUCACUCUCACCCAUGAAAGUACCGCGACAUGGUUGCAACGGUGUAGUCAUCGACGGCGUCAUAUACUUCCCUGGUGGUGGCCUUCGCAACAACGCCUGGCCUACUAACUACACCGAUGCCUACAUCCUCCCCAGCUACUGA